AUGGGGAGGAAAGUGAAGAAGGAGCUGCCUCGGUUGGCGAAGGUCGCAAUCAGCCUCAGCCUCAGCCGUAACAAGUUCAUGUCCGCGUACUUGGAGAACCUCAACCGGACCGCCCAGCCAGAGCCGCGAGCGUGGGCGGCCCUCAGCGACUGCGUCAGCUAUUUCAGCCAAGCGGAGCAGAAAAUGCGGGACUCGUUGAAGCAGAUGCAGCAGCUAAAGGGGACCGGGCGCUACCAGCUGGACAACGUGCUGAUGUGGAUCACCGUCGCCCGCACCUGCCAGGAAGAUUGUACUGACGGCUUUGAGGGUGAGGGCGUCUCCAACACCCCGCUCAAGGUGGACGUCUUCAGCCGGGUGGAACAGGUCAAGAAUGGCACCGACAUUGCCCUCGACUUGACCGCUACCCUUGUUGACAAGGCUGGGCCUGUGCUGCCAUGA